AUGUUACGGCGACUACUGCACCCAAAAGCCACCUUUUGUGACUGCGUGUCUGCCAGUCCGAAGAAAGCUAUCAUAACUGGUGCUACAUCGGGUAUUGGUCUUGCCACCGCUCGUGAACUAGCACGUCGCAACUGGUCACUCCUCUUAGCCUGCAGGUAAGUGCCUUUGGAUAUUUAUACAUCUCCUCUAGAGACAUAGAACGCGGAGAAUCAGUUCGCAAGAGGUUGGCCGCUGACACUGGGAAUUCGAAAGUAACCGUAAAGAAGCUUGACCUUGAGGACCCUCAUUGCAUCAGAGAAUUUACACAGGACCUGCCUCACUUUGACAUCCUUAUUAACAAUGCCGGGAUAAUGUCUGCUAAGCGUACUCCUUCUAAAAGCUUUCCGACGCUAGACACGAACAUGAUGACAAAUUUUCUGGGAUGCUUCUUCCUUUGCAAGUUGGUCUUUCCUCAACUCAAAAAAGACCUACCCAGAAAGACAGGCUUCAGACCGCGGCUAAUAUUCGUAAGCUCUGCUCUCGCUUCACGAGGCAAUCUGAAGCUGCACGGCAAAAAAAGCAUCCUGGCUGCAGCCGAGAGUGGUUGGACAGCCCAACAAUCGUAUGCCAACUCCAAGCAAGCGUUGAACCUCUACAUCCGGGAGUUAUGUACACGCUGCGGCACUGGUAGUGAUAGGCCUUUUGACAUCUACUGCCUGGUUACCGGUGGAAUGGUCAACACUAACUUAAAUCGCGAAAUUGUUCAGGGCUUCCCUCGGCCCGUACAAUGGCUUGUUCAAUUUCUGUCUGGAGUCCUCCUUAAAACUCCCCAUGAGGGUUGCCAAAGCGUCGUUCACUGCUCCGUUAGUGAUGAUGUUUAUGGGGCACACUUUAACGGCAAGCACGGCUCGAACGAAAGCGGAAGUGGCUGUCUGUACCGCAACUGUGUGCCUGUUGAGUGGCCAGCUUCAUCAGCCUUGGGUUCGCUCUCGACAGCAGUCUACCAGGAGGCGGAGUCAAUGUUUGAACACACAUUUCUCUGA